AUGGCAGAGGCAAUGUGUGGGCCGUCCAACCCACUGCAGCAGUUCAGGAAGCAAGGCAACAUCGACCGCACACUCCAGCAAGAUCGUCUGGCUGCACGCCACCACCCGGCUCAAGGCUUCCGCUCUCACGACGCCAACGCGCGAUUGCUCGAUCCCGAGUUCGAGGCCUUUCAAGCUGGCUUAGAGCCACCCAUCCUCGAACAUGCACACGCACUCCAAGCGCCCCAGAGCUCUGGCGGACCUUCGCAAGCACCGUCGUGGGCAGCGGACUUUCACCAGAUGCACAUCUCUCCCCAGCCGAUGCAGCAGCAUCCCCACUUCCAGGCAGGACCAAGUGCUUCAAACUGGGCACAGGACUUUUCGACACAUCUCUCUCAGACCGCGCCCAAAGCGCAGCACUCCUCGCAAUCGCCGCUGGACUUUGAGCAAAGAGCGCGAGGCUUCGGCAACCUUGGCUUCCAGAGUCAGUUCGCCCAGCCCAGCUAUGCCCCGGCCGUGCAGUCGAAGGGCAAAGAGCCGGUCGUGGCGGAGCAAUACGAUGAGACAGCCUUUGAGCGGGCCUUUGACCAAGCCCGGGCAGACAUGAUGGCUGACGUUGAAGACACCGCCCAAGAGAGUAUCGCGGUUGAUGAUGUGCAGGAUCUGGUGGAAAAGAUCGAGGCUGCAGCUGAACAGGAAGCCACGCAGAUGUUGAAUGAAUCGAACCAGGAUCUGGAGGAUCUUCAUGCCAUGCCGAGAAUGCACGGUGCCGACGUAGAGCUUGAGGCACUGGAUGAGAUUCAGCAGGAGGAACAGCCUGAUGAAAGACAACAGCAAGAAGAUGAUGCUCUGGCGGCCACUGCGCAGGAGCUUCUGGGCAAAGUUGAGCACAACACAUCGGACAAGUUCAAGAACAGCCAGUUCCUAGGAUUGAUGCGCAAGCUGGCGGACAGAGAAGUGCGAGUCGAAGGUGACAAGAUGGUUGAGACUGCGAACGCCUCAUCCACCACAGUCGCGGACGAUACGCUAAACGCAUCUAGCAUGGCCAAUGCGCAACACUUCUAUUACGGGAAGCCGCAGCCUGCCCCUUUAGCCGCGACUACUGUCGAUUCCCGGCCGCCUGAUUAUGGUCUCAGCAUUCCGCCGCAAGAGCAGGAUCAUGACAUGGGCAGGGUCAACCCAAGUGAUGGGAGAGACGUAGUCGACCUCCUCGACCAGCCCGGUGCGAUAACCGAUGACAUUGACUCGGAGUUCCUGAUGACUUCUCCAUACUAUCAGCCAUAA